AUGGUUUCAGCAAUCCUCUUGGUUGAUGCAUCUCCGGAUACUAUACUUCAGUUCCACGAUCAACUUUCUAAUGAACUCCCAACGCUCCGAGGCAAGUGGAGCUUUUCGCUAAAGGUAUUCCGGUCCAACCCUUAUUCAUACACAAACAAUAACCAAUCUGAAUCGAAAUUUCUUCACACGUUGACCUUAUCGUACCUUCCAGAGACCACAGUGACUCUCGUAGAUAAGAAUUCCUCGGGCAUAUUCACUAACGCACUAGAGGAGAAUCUGUAUCGAGCCACUGCAUUGAAAUUCCCUGAAUCUCACCUACACAAGGGAGCGACUUCGGGGUUUAAUGACCCUUUUGACAGCAUUGUCAAUUCAAAAUUGCAAUCGUUGUGGUUGCAGAAGCAAAAUAUCAAAGGCGAUGGUGGACACAUCUAUGAACUUGAAGGUGGCUCGCUCAUUAUCAGGACGUCAAACAUAUUCCUUCAUGGUAUUUUUAAGGGUCUUUUAAUCCAAAUGGAAUCUACCAGCAUCACCAAUCCUGAUGAUAUCCACAGAGUCUUACAAAAAUACGCAAUACCAGCUGGCAACUUGUGCAACAAGGUGCUAGACAAGACCAAUUUGGACCAAUAUGGAGAUCUCUGUUUGCAAUAUGCCGAAAUACUAAACUUUUGA